GCCUCCGCCCGGCCCGGCCCGGCCCAGCCCUGCGCCCUCAGACAGCCCAGCGGACGCGUUGCAUCAUCCUUGAGCAUCAAUGAAAGACCAAGAAUGGCUUUCUUCAAGCAACAGAAGGUGGAGGACGUUUAUGAGAUUGGGGAGGAGCUGGGAAGUGGCCAGUUUGCUAUAGUGAAGAAGUGUCGGGAGAAGAGCACGGGGGUGGAGUAUGCUGCCAAGUUCAUCAAGAAGCGGCAGAGCCGGGCCAGCCGGCGCGGGGUAAGCCGUGACGAGAUUGAGCGCGAGGUCAGCAUCCUGCAGCAGGUCCUGCACAGCAACAUUGUCCAGCUGCACGACAUCUACGAGAACAAGACUGACGUGGUGCUCAUCCUGGAGCUGGUUUCUGGAGGAGAACUUUUUGACUUCCUGGCACAGAAGGAGUCUUUGAGUGAAGAGGAAGCAACCAGGUUCAUCAAGCAGAUUUUGGAUGGUGUGAAUUAUCUUCACUCUAAGAAAAUUGCUCACUUUGAUCUAAAGCCUGAAAACAUAAUGCUUCUAGACAAGGAUAUCCCUAUUCCACACAUCAAACUCAUUGACUUUGGCCUAGCUCACAAAAUAGAAGAUGGAGUAGAAUUUAAGAACAUAUUUGGAACUCCAGAAUUCGUAGCUCCAGAAAUCGUAAACUAUGAACCACUCGGACUAGCUGCAGACAUGUGGAGCAUAGGAGUCAUCACCUACAUACUGCUUAGUGGUGCAUCGCCUUUCCUUGGAGAAACUAAACAAGAAACACUUGCCAACAUCACAGCUGUGAAUUACGAUUUUGAUGAAGAAUUUUUCAGCAAUACUAGUGACCUGGCAAAAGACUUUAUUCAGAAACUGCUGGUGAAAGAUACUCGGAAGCGGCUCACAAUUCAGGAAGCUCUGUCUCAUCCUUGGAUAACGCCCAUGGACAAGCAACAGGCUUUGGUUCGGAAAUCAUCUGCUGUUAACAUGGAGAACUUCAAAAGGCAAUAUGCUAGGCGGCGAUGGAAGCUGUCGUACCAGAUCGUUUCACUGUGCAACCACCUAUCGCGAUCACUGGUGAGGAGGGUGCUGGCUCAGGAUGAGAGCUCGAGAAACUGUGAAAGUGACAGUGAGGAUCUUUCACAAAGAAAAGCCCCUGUUCAGAGGAGAAGCAGCAUAUCCUAAUGGGAUGAGAAUUCCAUGGGCAGGAAACGAGAAACUUUCAACCUUGCUGAAGCAAGCGGCCCUGGCAGCACACUUGGACUUCUUGUCUGAGACCUUGGUAUGAUGCUUCUUGCUCCUCAAACGACACCAACAACCGGAUGAUGGCCUUAAAUGCUUACUGAGCAUUCCCAGGGAAAUGCUACAGCACCAGUUGGAGUGGUUUUGUAUGUUGAGUGUUUCAGUGAUACUUCAGUCUAUUUCUGAUGUCAGCUGCACUCAGGGUGUAGGGUUUCUACUGAUAAUCUUUCACUGCAGAAUAAUUCACAUUCCCCACAGUGGUUAAUUCUGUGUGCAUUGUUAUUUCAGUCAGGGAAAUUGCUAGUGAGUCUUAAGGAUUUUUUAAAUGCAAUUUUUAUAUUUGUUAAUAGCAUAAAUAUUUGACGGCAGGUAUCUGGCAGGCUUUUUUAGCUGUGUGCAGUAUUCUGUUACUGCUGUCACUGAAGAGAAAAAUCACAAUGCCAUUACAUAGCAUAACCUCGAUUUUGUGAACCUGACAGUAAGUAGUUCUGAAAUGGAACAAGAACUGUGCUCUGGCCAUUAUCUCUGGCUGAGGAUUAGCACAGUUGCCAUUGUCUGUGUAAGUACAACUGAUUGUGGCACUGAGGUAGGCCAAGGCAUGGAUGAAAAAGAGAAAAAAAUUCUGUAGUGAUUGACAUGCACCCAAAUACAACAUUUUCACAGAAUGAUGACAGGAUGCCUCACCAAAAAAAGGGCAUUUAGAAAUCUAAGGCAUGUGAAGAAAUAAUCUUUAUUAGACUUUGUUAUUGCUGUCAAUAUUAUUUAUUGUCAGCAAAUUGGAGACUCAUUAACACCUAUUUGUAUAGGUGCUGUUUACAUGUAACCCAGACUGCAGACAUCUGUGUUUUAUUCAGGGAGCUGUAUCCAAAAUUGAGGAAAUAAGCACUUUGAUAUUGAUGCAACAUCUUUGCACAGAGAAGUUGCAUCAUUUUAACUAUAUUACUUUCUAAACCAGUAUUGUUCAAUUGGUACCAAAAAAAUGUGCAUAGACUAGGGUAUUUUUUCAUUGAAUGUAUUUGUGUUAGAAGUUCCUAUUUAUUUUGCCAUUAAUGAAUUAAAAAUCAGAAAGCAGGUCUAUUAGAAACAACUAUAGAUGGAUGAGGAAACUGGUUUUGUUUGGCUUUACACUUGUCACCUCUAGGCUGAGGUUUUAGAGCAGAAUGUGUUGAAAACUAGUAUCAGCUUAAUUUUGAUGGCUUCCAGUUUCUAAGAAAGAAAUGAAAAUUUCUAAUUUUGUAUCCUUGGUUAGGUAGAGACUAAAAUGCAGUUGAUAAGAAAUUGCUUCUGUGAAAGGAAGGAAACAUUUGAGAAGCUUUGGAGGAGAGAGGCAGAACAUAGGAUUUGGUGGAAGAGACAUAAAAUGAAUGAGGGGGUGGGAGGAAAAAAAGCAGUGGAGAGGAAUGAGUAUGAGAGGGACAUGGAGGUGAUCCUGGACUGGGAAAGUUGGAAGAAAGGAAAGAGAAUGUGGAUAUAUGAAUUGUGGAAGCCAGAGAGUAAAUGCUUCUGCAAAUAUGACACUUCAUUUUUAUACCACUUAUUUGAUUUCUUUCUAUUUCAUAUCUUGUGCUGCCACAGCCUGUGACGUGUGCUGGUCAAGGGAUAAGGUCCAGGGCAUAGACUUCGCUUCAUAUUCAAUUAAAAGGUGUAUUUCUGAACUUUCUGUGGAAUUCUUGAGACAGAAGCCUCAAAAAGUGUUGCAGUAACGUAUGUAUUAAGAGGGAGCAGUAACAGGCAAACCUGAGAUUUCAGUGUAUCCUAAUUUCAGCUGGAAUAGAGUUAAUUUUCUCCUCAGUAGCUAGUACAGUGCUGUGAUUUAGAUUCAUUAUGACAAUAAUGUUGUUGAAACUAUCGCCUUUAGGAGCUGGAACAGAGAUCACACAGAGUUAGGGGAAAUAAAAUGGGUAUUUAUUGAAAGGCCUUCAAAGGCCACACCCUGGCAGUACUGGUGCCACAGUGUGGCCCCUGCCCUGUCUGAGUGGCUCCAAGAUAGAAGUAAAAGAGGGCUUGGUCACAUGAUUUCACAUUUUUAUAGACUUCAGUCAAUUUGCAUACAGGAGUCCACCAUCCAAUUAAUAGUCUCAAACUGUAAGGUGUCCUCCUCUUCUUCUCCUGGCUGGCCUGCCCUCCUCACGUUGUCUAUACUUAGGACUUGGAGUCUGAAGAAACUGUCCUUGAGUACAUAGCUGGUAUCGGACUAUUUCGUCUUUAUCACCCUAAAGCACAAUGGAAAGCAUACCCAAGCAGAACAGAAAACUCGGAUCUCAAGGCAUCAAUAUGCUGCUGUUUUAGUUGUUGCUUUUCGGUUUCCCAGCUCUGCUGGUGAGGAGGUGCACAAAAAGCCAGGGAAGUUGGCUCAAAAGGUUCAAAGGGAUAUUCCAGCCCAUGGGAUGUCAUGCUCAGUACGUGAACUGGCUGGGAGCCACAGGUCACUGCUGGGGGUGGGCUAGGCAUUGGGCAGGGGGUGCUGAGAAAUUGUGUUGUGCAUCACUUUUCUUCCCUGGGUUUUAUUCCUCUCUUUCCCUUGCCUUUAUUAUUAAUUAUUACAUUUUGCUUUAGUUCAAUUACAAAACUGUUCUUAUCUCAAAGUAACACUCGAGGUUUGCUUUUCCAUUCUCCUCCCCACCAGGGGAAGGUGAGGGAGGGGCUGUGUGGGGUCUAGCUUCCAGCUGGAGUUUAAUCAUGGCAGUGUUUGGAGGGAAUCUUACAUAAAUAGAAUGCUAAAAUUAUAUAUUUGGAUAAAAAGCCACCCAGUUUACCUACCAAAUUUUGCUUCCUGCUUUCCCAAGGAUGUGGAGAAGUAAACAGACUCCAAGCCAGUGGUAUUUUUCUGAAUUUCUGGACUUUAAAAACCACCUCUGGUUUCCAAAUUUGAGGUUGUGAGAUGUGUAUGUAAAUUACACUUCUGAAAAUUAACCCUGGUUGGAAUAGGUGUUAGGUUGUUGGAUCGGGAUUGUGCUCUGGUGGAGAUGGGGUCAUGCUCAUGUAAAAUCCCAGCAACUAUUGAGAAAGAACUGCUCCUCCCCAGGGAGUUCUGUUUGGUGCAGCUGUGCUGUUCCCAGCCCUGGCAGGACAGGACAGGACACCUGCAGGGCUCGGUUUGCUGCUCACCAUCGCCAGGUUUUCAACAACCACCUACAGCUUCCUUUCAGCCAGCAGCCAAAAACAAAGGAGAACAUGGAAGAAGGCUUUACAUUAAAAGAAUUUGUGUUACAGUCUAUUUUCUAUGUAUUAUUCUGUUUUGCAGUAGGGAACCUGGAGAGAAAUGAAGUGAUAGUCUGGGGAUAAAAAGGAAAAGCACAAUAAAAAACCCCAGAAAAGCCCACAAGUAUUUUUAUUAAAGGAUGGCUAUUUGGCUAUUUUUAUUCUUAUUUUAGUGGUGAUAAUUUUUAAUCUACAUAUAUUUUUAUUAAGAAAAACAGUGAUUUUUAGUUUUUUAGUUUUUUUUGUUUUGUUUUGUUUUGUGCCUGGAAAUAGCACAGACUGUCAAAACCAGCAGAGACAUUUUUUGCUGUGAUUUGCUAAUAAAACUUUGGAAAGCCAGA